AUGGUUAAAUAUUGGAUAGCUGUUGUUUCCAAACAACAUGUAAAUUUAGGUGUUAGUGGAGGAUUCUGUCAGGUUUGUCACGGUAAGAGAUCACCUUUACCAAAAAUGAAAUGCGGCGAUUGGCUGGUAUAUUAUUCUCCUAGAGAAUCGAUGGAUAUCAAGUCAAAAGAAAUAAAGAGUUUUACAUCAAUAGGUCAGAUGGCAGAUGAAGAAAUCUAUUCUUUCCGAAUGUCUGAGAGCUUCGUUCCAUUUAGAAGAAAUGUAAACUAUGUCCCAUCUACACCUACUCCUAUUAGACCGCUUCUACCUCUACUAUCAUUCACCAAAGAUCGUCAAGACAAAUGGGGAAUGAUUUUUAGAAAUGGUCUAUUUGAAAUUUCACAAGAUGACUUUGAACUUAUUCAUUCUAAAAUGACAAGUUAA